UCUCGAAGAACAAGAUCCUGCCACCGGCCGUGUGCCGCUAGCCACCGCCGUCGUGGCUGGUUUUGCGGAUCAGGUCAAGCAGCUCCUCCAGAGGGGCGCCAGCGCCGACACUCUCUCUCGCGAGGGAGAGACCUCACUGCUACUUGCGACUCGCGAAACGACGAACAAUCGGCCUCGGAUCGUCCAGCUCCUUCUCCAGAAGAUGUCUUCGACCUUGAUCGACGCAACUACUCCGGCCGACGGAAACAAGACUCCGAGUCCAUCAGAUUGCUCGUCGGCGCUGGCGCUAAUCUCAGUGCCACAGAGAAUAAUGGUCUGGUUGCGGAGCAAUUGACCUCCGAUAAAGUGGUGAAGCGUGCCCUGGAUCCCGAGAAGGAGCGAUCAGGAAUCAGUAAACUUGCUGCGAUCGUCGUUUCUGUCUUGUCCUACAUUGUUUCAUGGGUCAACAAGACAGCCAACGGCGUGAUGAAGCGGCUGUUUGGUCUGGAUCCCGUGCAGAAUGAUAACAUGGACCAGGUGAGUACAUCUGUGGUGGGUGGUGCCCACUGCUCAUGCGGAGCCGCAGGUCAUCAACGAUGGCGAGACCCCCAACAAGGACCAGUUUCUCGAAAACAUAGACACCUUCGUCCAAGGGAACCCCGUGCUAGAACGAUUCUUUGAAGGCAAUCCGACGUACAUCCAAGAGCUCGCAAAGAAGGCGGUAGCGUUGCAGG